AUGGCAGUCAACAAUGUUCAGAUUUUCCAAUUGGGUAUCCGGGACCAAUUCAAUGGUGUAACGGAAAGGGAGCAAAGAUAUGCGCACCACAUGGCACGUGUCGCUUGGUAUGGAGCUCGUAUCAUUCUAGAACAAGUCUCUCCAGAGUCUCGCCCGAUUUUCGAUUUCAUUCUUGAGCUUUACCGGGCCUUUCGCAAUGACUUCACGCGCACUAUGAUGCGCAUCAAGCGCAUGUCUUGUGCUGUAGAGAGCAAGGCUGAUGUGUUGCGGAUGCAAAAAGACGAAGGCCGAUACAAGGAAGUGCUCGAGCUUUUGAACGCGAUGAAAGUCACCAAAAUACAGACUCAGUAG